AAAUAUGUAAACAUUUCCCGCGUAAUUAUCUGUCAAAGAUGGCGGGAGUCACGUUGCCGGGACAUAACCAGACAUUGAAAGAAGCUUUAAUUGAAAGCCUUACAGCCAUUCUUUCCCCUGACCACAAAACUAGAAUCAAUGGUGAAGAACAAGUGAAAGCGUUAGAAGUUACCGAAGAAUUUGGUGUUCAUUUGGCUGAACUAACAGUGGAUCCUAAUGGACCCCUUGCAAUUAGACAGUUAGCCUCUGUGCUUUUGAAGCAGUAUGUAGAAGUACAUUGGUGCAUACAUUCUGAGAAGUUUAGAGCACCAGAGACUCCUACCACGUCAAAAGAGCAGAUCAGAAAGAUUUUACCUGUUGGCUUAAAAGAGGCAAUAAGUAAAGUCCGUUCUAGUGUUGCAUAUGCGGUGUCAGCGAUUGCCCACUGGGAUUGGCCGGAAGCAUGGCCCGACCUGUUCCAAAUCCUCAUGCAAGCUCUUACAAGUGGAGAUACAAAUGCUGUACAUGGAGCUAUGCGUGUUUUAGCAGAAUUUACUCAAGAUGUGACAGAUACACAAAUGGUUCAUGUGGCACCAGUGAUACUGCCAGAAAUGUACAAAAUAUUCCUACAGCAUGAGGUUUUCAGCAUCAGAACAAGGUCAAGAGCUGUCAAUAUUUUCAACAUAUGUGCUGGUAUGAUUGCUACAAUGUCAGAAUUACAAAAGGGUUUAGCCAAGCAGUUGUUGUUCCCUGUGAUACCACAGUUUACACAAGCAUUUGUGGAGGCACUGCUUGUACCAGAUGGACCUUCCUCUGAUAGUGGACUGAAGAUGGAAAUUAUGAAGGCUAUCACUACAUUAGUGAAAAGUUUCCCAAAACUGAUGUCACAGUGGAUUGGACAGAUUUUACAACCUGUCUGGAGUAUAUUCACAUUGAGUUCUGAUUUUUAUGUUCGGACAGUUGUGAACAAUACAGAAGAUGCAGAUGAUCCUGUAGAUUCUGAUGGUGGUGUCCUCGGCUUUGAGAAUCUCGUGUAUGGAGUGUUUGAGUUUAUACAUGCACUCCUGGACAGCUCCAAAUUUCGUGAUCUUGUGAAAAAAUCAAUCAAUGAUAUUCUCUACUAUGUGAUAACAUAUAUGCAAAUCACAGAAGAUCAGGGGCGUCUAUGGAUGACAAAUCCAGAUCAGUUUGUAGAAGAUGAAGAUGAUGACACUUUCUCCUACUCUGUUAGAAUCUCAGCACAAGAUUUACUCAUGUUGAUAGGUCAGGAGUUUGAAGAUGAGAGUGCACUGGGUUUGUGUCAAGCUAUCACCAAACAUUUACAAGAAGCUGAGGCCCAGAAAUCUGUAACUGAUAAUUGGUGGAAGAUUCACGAGUCCUGUAUGUUUGCUCUAGGAACUGUACGAAGCCUUGUGAUAGACACAGUAAAGUCGGGGAGAGUGCAAUUUGAUAUUUCAGCCUUCUUAGAAAAUGUUGUUCUAACAGAUUUAAAUUUAUCAGUAUCACCAUUCCUGAUAGGAAGGUGUCUAUGGACAGCUAGUAGAUACUGUGAGGGUAUGAAUACAGAACUUCUUCAAAGAUGUUUGCAGGCAACAGUUGGAGGAAUUCACCCGACACAGCCUCCUGUGAUCCGAAUUUCUGCUAUCAGGGCAGUAUACGGUUACUGUGACUUCCUGAAAACCUCAGAAAAUACUCAACUUCUAGUACCCUUCUUGCCAAACAUCACAGAGGGACUUGUUAAUGUCGCAACACAAUUUUCCUCCGAUGUUUUGUCAUUGUGUUUAGAAACAUUGUCAAUAGUUCUAUCUGUCGAUAAAGCAUUCACUGCAUCAUGUGAGUCAAAAGUCACACCUCUGACAAUAGCUGUGUUCUUAAAAUAUUCUAGUGAUCCUGUAGUAACCAGUAUAGUUCAGGAGAUCUUCAAGGAAUUGGCAUUAAAUGACAGUUGUAUGGGUCCGUUACAACAUAGAUUGUUACCUACCAUUGUCAGUAUACUACAGGCUAGUCCAGAUAAAGUUGCCGUUGGUUUGCCAUCUGUGGCUCUAGAUAUGUUGGAGACUAUUGUACGAAGUAGUAAAGUGCCAAUAUCUGAUGAACUGAUGAGUGCUUUCCCCGCGGCUGCUCACUGUACACUCAAUACUGAUGAUAACUCUACAAUGCAGAGUGGUGGAGAGUGUAUACGAGCCUAUGCGUCAGUGGCCUUGGAUCAAGUUGCCCAGUGGCAUGAUGAACAGGGAAACUCUGGCUUAACAUACAUUAUACAAGUAAUUUCCAAGUUACUCGACCCCAAAACCUCGGAAUAUACAGCUUCUUUUGUUGGUCGCUUAGUUACGGUGGUGUUGAUAAAAGUAGGUCACCAGCUCGGUGAGAAGAUGGACUUGAUCUUACGGGCAGUAUUGAGCAAGAUGCAGCAGACAGAGACCCUGAGUGUGAUGCAGUCAUUAUUGGUGAUAUUUGCACGCUUGAUGUAUGACCAGAUGGAAGCUGUGUUAGAAUUUCUCACCAGCGUACCUGACCCUAUGGGAAAACCAGCAUUAGAAUUUGUACUUAAAGAAUGGUGUGCCAGACAGCACCUCUUCUAUGGUGCAUAUGAAAGGAAAGUUAUGGUUGUGGCAUUAAGUAAGUUACUACAGCACACUAUAACCAACAAUGAUGUUAGAUUGAAGGAUAUAAUGGUGGACGGUGAUGAAGUUAUUACCUCAACCAGUAAUGGUCCUAGAACUAGGUCAAAAUCCCAAGUGCAAUGGACAACAAUACCAGUAGUUGUUAAGAUAUAUAAACUGUUGAUAAACGAGUUAUCUAACCAGAUAGAACAAAGUAUGUCCACUCGGAAAGGAGAAGAUCCUGAAGAAGAGGAUGAAGGUUGGGAAGAUGAUGACGACGAUGAUUGUGGUGAUUUACAAUUAAGUGGUCAGACAUUGUCCAGUCUACUGGAUGACUUUUCAAAUGAAUUUUCAACAUUAAUUGAUGAUGCAGAAGAUGAGGAAGAUGAUCCUGAUGCUCUCAGUGAUCCAGUUAACCAGUUAGAUUUACAGGCAUAUUUGACAGAGUUUCUGCAAUCCUUAUCACAACAACCAUAUUACAGCAUGUUCACCUCACACCAUACGGAUAGUGAAAAACAAGUAUUACACAAAAUAAGCAUUGCAGUGUAACGGAGAUGGUGGAUUUUAACUAGAAUUAUAGAGCGUUUAAUUUUAACCCAAUAGUAAUUUUUCAUACGGCAUGAUCCAUGACAAUUCCUUUUAGAAAUCUUAAGAAUAGAAAUAAAGUUCUUAGAAAUUAUGAACUACAAGUCAAAGGUGAAGAAUUGACUGGCACCAAAUUAUUUCCAUUACUUUGAGUUUGGAUCAAGUCAAGAAUAUUGAAUUUUGUCAUCAGCACAGGCUAGUUUAUAGACGGUUUGUUCUUUUACCCAGGUGCCUGUUUACCUGUAUAUGUCAGGACCAGUUGAAGGGUAAUCUUGGGUAACAAUGUACCAGAAAGUACUGGGACAUAAAGUAAAACAGUGUUGGUGUGACAUUUUAACUCUUAUUGAAAAAAAGGGAAAAGUAUGGAACUUAACCUUAUUGAAUCCGACCUUGACCUUGGUUAUGAAAUAUAUGUAUUGCUAUUUAUGAAAAAGUGUGAACUUAUUUGCUGAUCAAAUUUUUUGCUGCUUUUUGGAAUUGCGUUUUGGCAUUUUUUAAUAUAUUUUUUUCAUGAAUAUUCGCUUUGCAGGAAGUUACCUUGGUAUACCCUUGUAAAUGGGAGCUGCAGUCUCACAGUCUGCCUCCCAACUUAGGGAUCAAUAGUUCAAGCCCUGUUAGGGGUCACAACCAAAAUUUCUCAUAUGACAUUGCUACAGGUUAGUUCCAGGAAGUGGACUUGAGGGAAUUAUUAUAAUUUGCAUGAACUUGUUGAACAAUUGAGCUUAAAUGAAUGAAUUAUGUUUACUUGGGUAUGAUAUCAAUUCUAUCUGCCCUAUUAGACUUAGUUUAUGAUUAUCUUUGUAUUGAGUCAACAAAAAAAGUUGUACAAUGAAUUGAACAGUGCAUGCAUGCAAAUUGUUUGUACGAGGGAAAAAAAGUACAUGUAUUCAAGAAUAUAAUGAAAACAAAUCAUACUUAAUUUGCAGCUACAAAAAUGAAUUAUGAGUAAAUUAUUUAUGUAUGGACUAAUAUAGUGUAUUUAUUUCUAAUUUUCUUGAGAAAACUAUAUAUUUUAUUCACAAUCGUAUACAGGUUGUAAUGUGUAAUAAACAUGGAAAAGGGAUUUGUGUAUUCAAUUAUUGACCUGUUGGAGAGGUCAUCGUAUAUAAUUGUUCUGCUAUUUAAGUAUGGUAAUAAAAUUUAUAUAAAAAAUUUAA